AUGGUUGAACUUUUUGAUGAUUUAGAUCUGGCGCUGUACCCCGUGUGCUUCUUUGGUCAGUGCCCCUCAUCAGUUCUUAUUGGAGGGCUGUGUUUUCCCAUGUUGACAAAGGCCAAUGCCCUCUACACUAGGAAUACUGCAGAUGCUGUUAUCAUCUUCAUGCGAGGUGCACAAGAUUCUCAGACUAUCACAAAGAAAUUAUCACCACGUGACCCUCGGCAACCUUGGGUCAUAAUGACCUUUGAAACGCCACUAUACUCAAACAAUAUACACAAAGUCAGAUAUGAAAACUACAACGGACUAUUUAACCGAACGAUGACCUACCGUCAAGAUGCCGACAUAAUGGUUCACCAUGGAUUUAUUGUCCACAGAAAUGAAUCCCACUUACUCCCCAGAUCAUGGGUCGUUCCUCCAGUAAUGGAGGCAAUAAAUGUUUCAAGAAAGUUAGCAGUGACAUUUAUAUCCAACUGCAAAGCAGAGUCCAACCGUCUGCAAUAUAUCAAAAGGGUUGAGAAAUAUGCUCAAGUUGAUGUUGUUGGACGAUGUGGGCCUCUGGAAUGUGGUGAUUCCAUGUAUGUAGAACACCAGUACAAUGCAACAACAAACCAGUGCUUGAAGAUUGCUGGCAAACACUAUCUCUUCUUCUUUGCUUUCGAGAACAAUUUCUGCAAAGAAUACGUCACGGAGAAAGUCUACAAUCUGCUAUAUUAUCCAAUUGUUCCGGUGGUUCGAGGAUCAGCGAAUUACUCAGCACUUCUUCCCCCUAAUUCUUACAUCGACGCCAACAAUUAUUCGCCUAAGGAGCUGGCAGAGAGAUUGCUUUAUCUGAAAGAUCAUCCCAAGGAGUACGAGAAAUACUUGGAAUGGAGGAAGUAUUAUCAACCGUCAACCAUCGGCGGAGAGAGGGUAUUGUGCCACAUGUGUUCCCGAUUAUAUGACAAAGACUUUUACGAUUUCAAAGUGUACGAAGACUUUGAAGACUGGUUCGUCUCAAAGGCCAACUGUAUGGUUGGGCUGGAGCUGUGA